AUGUGAUGAAUUGCAAAUACAACUGAGUAAACUAACAAAUACAAAUAAAGAAGCCAACCAGAAAAUCGCCAAAUAUGAAGCCGAAUUGGCUGAACUAAAGAAAACCAACGAAAAGUUGGAAAUGGAAAAUCGUGAAGCGGUUAAUUUAGAAUUUGAAUUUCAACGUCAUAAGAAUAAAUCAAAACUCAGAGAAAACGAACUGCUAGAGGCCCUAAACGAUAAAGAGAAGGAAAUUAGCAAAUUAGAGAAAUCUCUUAAUACAAUCACAGCAGAACGUUUACAAAACUCUAAAGAAGAAUUAUUGCAAAAAUCUCAAAUUGAAGUUGAUGCGGCCAAUGUAGAUGGUAAAGUUUGUGUUAAAUGUGAAGAUUUACAAAGACUGCUGGAAGAUAAUAAAAAAGUUACUUUGGAAUUUGAGAAAUUAACUUUGGAAUAUGAAAAACUGAAAUUAAAUUAUGUGGAAAUUGAAAAAGAAAACGAUAACAACAAAUUAAGAAUUAUACAAUUAGAAGAAUUGCAGCAGAAGGAAAAGGCUGAAUGUGAAAAGCUAUUAAAGGACGUGCAACAUUUGCGUGAGAAAUUGCAAAACGUGCAACGAGAUUAUGAACAAUUGAGUAGUGAAAAUUCUUCAAAACAUGAGGAAUGUAUGGCCCUAAAUAGACAGGUGGAAGUGGCUAGAGAAGAAAUGGUGGUGCUAGAGGAAAAAUUCACCAAACUCGAAUUGUCUUGGCAAGAACAACAACAAACUAUUAAUGAUAUAGAGAAGCAAUAUGCCAGCAUACAAACAAAAUAUGAAGAAUUACAAAAUCAAUACGAACAGCUAGAAAACACUAAAGGACAAUCGCUAGCCGACUGUCAACGUUUGGAGCAAGAUAAUGUGGAACUACAAAACGAGAUAGAGGAAUUGAAAAAGAAAGUACAAGAUGCCCAGCAAAGAUUACUGGAGAGCAAUGAGAAAUAUGAAGAGACGGCUAAAGAGAAUAAGACUGCCAAUGAAGAGUACACAGCUGAAACCUCUAAAAUACAGCAAGAAAAUGAACAGCUUCGAAACCAAUUACAGGAAAUACAAACACAAUUUGAAGAUUUACAAAAAGAAUACGAUGAUUUAUCCAAUCAAUUAAUGGAUAAUUUACAAGAUAGUGAAUCUCUUAAGAAUGAAAACACCAAGUUGCUUGAAAAACUCCAAGAAUAUGAGGAGAAGAACGAAGAUGUUUGCAGGGCAGAAGCUGAAAUCCAAGAAUUAAAAUCGCAAUUGGAAAAGGUGUUAACCAGCGAAAAGAAAAAUCUACUCAAAACUCCCUCACCAGGACGCAGUUCCUCAAUGCGCAGUUCCGGUGUGUGUGUAGAAGAGGAAGAAGAUUUCGAAGAAUAUCCCCAAUCCCAAGAUUUACUCAGGAAAUUCUGUGAACUUUCUGAAUCACUGACUGAAAUCGAACUCGAACACACAAAGGGUAAAACGAAAGUCUUUAGAUCCGCCUCUAAAAACUCCACACCCAACAGCUAUAAAAUGUAUUUGAAAAAUAUUUUGGGUGUGCGUAAAUCACAAAAAGAAUUCGAUAUGGAAAUCGAAAAUAUACACUUACAAGGUUCCUUUAAACAUCAUUCCUUCCAUAUUGUGGAAUUGAGUGGCGAAGCAGCGAAUGAUGAUGAUGCUGAUAAGUCCUGUGAAAUGGAAUGUGAUACUAGCGUUACAAAUGGUUGUGAAAAUAUGGCCGAAUAUAUAGAAAAACUCAAAGAAGAAAUCGUACAGCUGAAGGCCAUCAACGAACAGGAACGUUUAAGCAAUAAAUCUCUAUUGGAAAGUACCGAAAGCUUCAGUGAAAUGCGAGAGCAGAUAACACAACUAUCCGCCGAAUUGUUGGAGAAAUCUAUAUUUGUGGAGAAUUGUGCCUGCAAAACGUAUCAACAGCAGAUAGAGACACUGGAGAAAGAAAAGGCUGAUAUCACCAUUAUCUGCGAAGAGCUGCAGGAAAAAGUCAACUGUACUCUAAAUGGUUCCUUUAAUAUGCUUAUGAAUACCACCGCUCCUGGUGUUGAGGUAAAAGCUUUAACCGAUGAUAAACUCAAAGAGUUGGAGCAAUUAAAGCAAAGAGAGCAAGAACUGUUGGAAUCUUUUGAUUCACAAACUAAAACUCUGGAAGAGCUAACACAGCGUUAUCUAGAUAUGGAGGCUGAUUUGGAAACGGCACGAGAACAGUUAGAAACUCAAGAAAAGGAAUUUAAGGAAAAACACAAUCAAUUGCAGUUGGAAAUUUUGCAAAAGAUGGAACUAAGUGCCAGCGAGUACAGAGACAAUAUGAAAAAGUACAACAAAGAAUGGGAGGAUAGAAGAGAGGAAUAUGAAGAAACCAUUAAAAGUUUACAGCAACAAAUAGAAGAGCUGAGACAGCAAACAGUGGCAACUUCAGAGGAAUUGAAACAAGAAAUUAAACAGGAAUGUGUAGUGGACAAGGAAAAUAAUGAACCAGUUAAAGAAAAUCUCGAAAUUAAAUGUGAUAAAGCCGUAGAUAGCGAAGAACCUCUGGCAGAGGCAGUACAAGAAGACGAAGAAAUGCCCGAAGAUAUAGAAACUAUAAAACAAGAUAGAACAAGACUGGAGGAAGAAAAACAAAAUCUUCAGCAGCAACUCAAUACUGUAGAAAUGCAACUGGAGAAUCUAAAAGAAGAAAAUCGUACUCAAUACGAAGAAAUUACACUUUUAGAUUCAAAAAUCGAAUCCUUGGAAGAACUUCUAAACGAUGCUAAACAUUUGCAUGAAACUGUGGCCAGAGAAAAUGCCUCCUUAGAAACUCAAAUAAAAGAUCUUGAAGAAGAUCUCAAUUGUAUACCUCAGCUGCAUGACAAAAAUCAACAGUUAAACGAUAAAAUGGAAGAACUCAAUGGAGAAUAUACACAACUUCAAGACAAACUCCAAAAGGCCGAAUUGCAAAUACAAGAAUUCUGCAAAGAAGAUGCCAAACGUGAAGAACUAAUACAAACAUUACAAAGUAAGCUCAAUCAUUUGGCAGCUUUGGAGGAAGAAAAAUUGAGUCUGACUAAAGAGUUGGAAAAUCUGAAACAGGAGUAUUCCCAAAUACAAGCAAAACUCUUUAAGGCUGAAGAACAAAUACAAGAAUUCUGUAGCGAGGAUACAAAUCGAGAAGAGUUAAUACAGUCCCUACAAAUUAAACUCGCAAACAUGACAUCCGUGGAGGAGGAAAAGAAGUCUCUUGAACAUGAUUGCUCUCAGUUAAAAGAAACCUUGAGGCAAUUGCAGGAAAAAGAAGCUGAAACAUUUAAAGAAAUUGAAACUCUCAAAGAACGAGAAGCUGCAAUCAAUGAAAACAUGUCUGAAUUGGUUAAAUCCCAAUCUGAACUGCAAAUCGAAAAGUGUGCCUUGGAGGAGAAAUUGCAGCAGGUUACAAGUGACUAUAAUUUACUUAAAACUGAUCAAGUGCUGCUAGAAACCCAGCUAAGUGAACUAACAGAAGAAAGAAAAUCUCUAAACGAACAAUGUUUGCUGCUACAAGAGGAGAAAACCACCCUAGAGGAACAAUUAAAAUGUCUCAAAGAAAAAGAAAAGGCUGAAGAGUUAUUAGAACAAAUGAUUAAAGAAAAAGCUGAACUUAUACAGAAUCUACGAUUAACCACCGAAAAGUUGGAAAUUGUCCAAAAUCAGCUGGAAGAAAAAGUAAUAGAAAAUACUCAAAUACAACAAGAUCUUCAGUCCCUCAAAGAUACUCUUUCAAAGAGCAUCGAAGAAAAACAACAGCAAUUGGAAGAAACUGAAAAAGAUUUAGAGAAAUCCAAACAAGAUAAUGUAAAUCUUCAUCAAGAUCUGCAAACUCUUAAGCAAAGUCUCUGCAAACUCAACGAAGAGAAACAACAGCAACAGCUGGAAAUGGAGAAACAUAAACAAGAGAGUGUGCAGCUUAAAGAAGAUUUAGUAAGACUUAAAGAUCAGCUCACAAAACUACAACAAGAAAAGCAAGAACAACAGCUAAAUUUGGAAAAAGCCCAACAUCAACACAACAAUCUACAACAAGAACUAGGGACAUUCAAACUUGCUCUAACAAAGGCCAUGGAAGAAAAGCAACAAGAGUUUAAUAAUUUACAAAAUAACUAUCAAACCUCACAACAACAAAACCAACAAUUGCAACAAAAUCUUCAAGAUUUACAAGUUGCUUUAAGUAAUUCCAAAGAAGAGCAACAACAACAAAUGCAAGAAAACAACCAGCUACAAAAUGAGCUUCAGAGCACUAAACAAUCCUUAGAUAAACUUCAGGAAGAGCAACAAAAACUACAAGAAAAACUGCUAAAUUAUCAAAAGCUAAACGAAGAUAAAAACAAAUUAGAAGCUACACUUAACAUAUUAAAAUCAGCUCAAUCUGGUGCUCUCAAUAGUCUACAAGAAGAAAGAGAUCAGCUACAGCUUACUCUCCAGCAAUACGAACAACAAAAUAAACUAUACAAAGAAAAAGAAGAAACUCUUCAUGAAAAAAUCGAAACUCUACAGCAACAAUUACACGAAGUACGCAGCAAAGCCCAGUCAUACGAAAAACUUCUACAGGAACAUGAAGAAGUAGAGACGGCUCUCACCUCUACAACUGCCACAAAUCAAAAACUUCAACAGGAAAUACAACAACUCACCUCGCAACAAGAAACUUAUGUCUCAACGAUCGAGAAUCUAUCGGGCGAAAUUGAAAAACUCAAUUUACAACUUGAUAAACAUCUCAACGAAAAAGCAAUGUUGCAAACGAAAUUAUCGCACUUGAAUCAAACACUUCAAGGUGAACAAUCUUCGCUGCAACGUAACAAUCAGGAGCUUAAGAGUUCUUUGGAUGAGCUUAAAUUUAAGUAUGAGUCCCUGCAAAGCACAAAUACUCAAUUGGAACAACUCAAUCAACAACUGGCAGAUCAACUUAAGGGUUUGCAGGAAAAACUGAUCCGGUUCAAUGGUGUGCAAGAAGAACUCAACUUGCUUAAAGUUCAGCAUAGUGAAUUACAGCUUAAGAUGAAGGAAACCGUAGAGGAAGCUGGUCGUUGUAGUUUGACUUUACGUGAUGAGGUUGAACAUCAUAAGCAGAUGUUGCAGAAACAAGCAGAAAGCUUUAAUCUUCUUAAAGUUGAAAUGGAAACUCAGCAACAAACUUUAACCAAUCAAAAUCUUAAACUUUCCAACAACAUUGAAACGUUGCAAAGUGAAAAACUUGCAUUGGAAGAGAAACUUAGAGAAAUAACUGUACGAAAUUUCGAACAAGAUUUGCAACGUCAAGCAAUUGAUGCAACAGCAAAUACAUCAAUGGAUUCGAAUACAUCAUACUCGCCCAAGGGACGUAGAAGUCUAGAACGUAUGGGCGGUGUUAUGGGCAGUGACUUUAAGGCCAACGUAAGCAUAGAGGAAAAGCUAAGUGCCAUGCAGCAAAAGAAUUCAACAACAGCAGAGAGAAAAAAUCGUCGUAUAAGUACACAUGACGAGCGAAGAAGACAAUCAUAUUGGGGAGCAGCGCAUGAUAAAGAAACAAUGACGGAACCAGUAGAUACCAGCUGUAAUUGCAUUGAGCUCGAUCGCAAACUUAAAGAGUGCGAACGUAAUCUUUUCAUUAAAAACAGUCAAGUUACAGCUUUAAGUAUGGAAUUGAAAAAUCAUCCCUUGAAAGAUGAAAAUGCCGCUUUAAUGAAACGUUUCCAAGAGGAACAAGAUAAGCAUCGCAUCGAAAUUAAACGUUAUAAAAAUAAACUAUACGAACAAACCGCCAAAGCUGAAAAAGCUAUAGCAGCAGCUGCACAUGCCACAGCCAAGUCACAACAUGUGGCAGCAAAUGCUGCUUUGGCGGCCGAACAACAAACCAGCACCCCGGUCUUACCGAAAGUAGUAGCCGAUGUUGAAAUACAAACGGAUGAUGAUUUAAGUAAUUCUAUACAAAAGUUACAGGGCAAAUAUAAUGAUUUGAAAAAUAUCUGCCGUUAUCGUUACAAUGUCAUCAAAGAGCUGGAGGAAAAGGUGGCACAAAAAGAAAAUUCCGAUGGUAAUUCUUUGUCGGCGCUAGAUGCUGCCCAAUAUAAGGUUUUAAAUAAUCAAUGCGAGUCUUUGAAAAAAGAACUUAAAACUGUUAAGGAAAAAUAUGAAAAUGCUAAAAAAGUAUUACAUUCACGUCGUGAAGAAAUCAUGAAAUUGCGUGCUCAAUUGGAACAAUCACAAUAAAUAGGCAGUUAGUUUGCUCUCUCUCACUCUUUAUUUGCCAUUAUCUAGUACUUAAUUUAAAAAAAUAUUUUCAUCUGUGUAUGAAAGAAAGUUUUUCACAUUUCAUUUAAGAAAUGUUGAACAUUGCUUAUGUUUUUUUUUUUAAUAUUACAUAUUAUAUUUAAUUUAAUUAUUUAUUUAGUUUAGUGUAUGUUUUUUUUAAUUAUGUAGUUUUUAGUUUCUUUAAAACUAAGUUUUUGUGCUUUUUUUUCUUAUAUAAACAAAAACAAAAAAAUAAUUGAAAAUAAUUCUUAAUUUAUUGUGGUUCUAUGUUGAUCCUUAUAUUAUUACAUAUUUUGCACUUACUUGAAAAUAGGCACACUUGUUUGUUUUGUGUUACGUUUUUUUUUUCAUUAUUAAUUGUAUUAUAUUUAGAAAUUGCAUUUAUAUUAACCGUUAAUCUAUCGUCUCCAUCCGCGCUUCUAUUCUUUCUCUUAUUCAUCUCUAGAAUUGAAUUCAUUUGUAUUGAUUUUCUCUCCUUUGUUUCAACUGUUUUUGAAUGUAAUUUAUGCUGUUAGAAUAACUGUUAUUUUAAAAAAUAAAAAAUAAAAUUUAAUAUUUAAUUUAUCUAUUUUAUAAUAUUAAAAUAAAAGAAAACGUU